UUACGAGCAAACCUGGAUUUUGAACGACGAUCGAUCGUCCUCCAGAAUACAGGAGGAAAACCAUACGUUGUGCCCAUGCGAUUAACCUUUCGCACUACUAUUAACGCGGUUCUGCGGGUUUCGCCGAUGAUGGUAGAGACUCUCCGCAUGAUCUCCUGGGACGAACCCGCAGAAGGGAAGCCAUCAACUAAUGAUGCGGAAAGCAGUGACGAAGAUGAUCCGGAGAUCUUGAAAUUGUGGGUUCGGUGUCCAAUGGGGAUUUGCAAUGCGCCUUCCACGUUUCAGCGAGCGAUGAACAUGACAUUCCAGAAUUUCGUCAACAAGAUACGGCUGACGCAAGGGAUGAUCAACUUCUGUGUGAUCGUGUACAUGGACGACAUCCUAGUCUAUUCGGAGACCUAUCACGAGCACGCGCAACACAUCAAGUGGACAUUGGGCGCACUGAGAGAUGCUGGGUUCAAGAUUGCGCUCGAGAAAAGCGAAUUUUUCCUCUCGGAAAUUUCGUUCUUGGGCUACGUCAUGACACGUGGAGGAUUGCGGCCGGACUCGAGAAAAGUUGCGGCGGUGAAGGAAGCCCCGGUUCCCACGUCACUAGCGCAGGUUCGAGCCUUCUUGGGACUAGCGUCGUACUACCGGCACUUCAUCAAGGGCUUUGCCGCGAUUGCACGACCGCUAACGAACGUGUUACGGAAGGACCAACCUCUCCGUUGGGACGCGGAGUGCCAGCAGGCCUUUGCAACCCUCAUAGACGCUCUGGCAACGACCCCUAUUUUGAUUCGGCCGGAUCCCUCGAAGCAGUUCAUUCUCAUCACGGACUGGCAACCGGAAGCUAUUUCCGCUAUUCUAGCACAGAAGGGGAACGAUGGUCGCGAACACAGGACCAACGUGACGGGAGAUCUUUUGGGAUUUGUCUUUGGAGCGGUGGAUCGAAGAAACCGAUCACAGAUCGUGCACGAACUUACGAUCGUGAUCGCGCGAUUGGCCGACGAACUCCCUCUCCACAUCGUCUCUCAGAGCGACGAAGAACCCGUGCCACAUACCCUCUCAAGGACUCUCGCCCCAAGCCUCCAGUGGUCGGCUUGUAUCGAGGAACGUUGGGCGGACAGUCGUUUUCCCUCCCGUAGCGAGUACCUGGACGUCCACAGCCUGACAAAUCACCGCUUCUUUCGACAACCAACGGUGUUCGAGUGGGCGGCGCCGAGAGCAGAAGAGGAGGCCGAAGAGGAAUCGGAAGGAGAAUUGAGGAGAGAGGCCGGGGAAGCAGCGGCCCGAUUGGCCGAGGACGAGGAAGAAGAGCGCGAAGCAGAAGAAGACUCGGCGGAAGUUGAAGAAGAAGAAAAAGAAGAAACAGAGGAGGAGACUUCGGAGGAAGAGGAAGAGGCCUAUAGCGAGUACAGCGAGGGCGAGCAAAGUGAGGAGGAGGACGACAACGACGAAGAAGUGGAAAGCGGGGACGACCAGGAGCCAACGCACGACGAGCUCGAGUGGGUGCGAGGACCGGAUUGGCAAGAGGAGAACCUGGAGGGUGCUGCGCAGCGCAAGAAAGAGAUCGCAGAAGGAAAGCGGCUGGGGAUCGAUCCCGCACCGAACGAUCCUUUCAAGGAUCUCGAGCCGCCCAAGCCGGAACAUGGAGAUCUUGCUGCCACGACGGCACGGCGCCGAUUCUGAUCCCGAUCCAUGUCCCCCUCUGCCUCCGCCCGUCCCCCAAUUCGUCAACGUGUCAACGAG